AUGUCAGUUGCCAGCAAUCCAUACGGGCCAAACCCCUCCGACUUUUUGUCUAAUGUUAACAAGUUCGAAGUUAUCGAGAGUACCUUGAGAGAAGGUGAACAAUUCGCCAACGCCUUCUUUACCACUGAAAAGAAGAUCGAGAUCGCCAAGGCUUUGGACGACUUCGGGGUCGACUACAUCGAGUUGACCUCGCCUGUUGCUUCCGAGCAGUCCAGAAAGGACUGUGAGGCCAUCUGCAAAUUGGGAUUGAAGGCCAAGAUCUUGACCCACAUCAGAUGUCACAUGGACGACGCCAGAGUUGCUGUUGAGACUGGUGUUGACGGUGUCGACGUCGUCAUUGGAACCUCCCAGUUCUUGAGACAAUACUCCCAUGGUAAGGACAUGAACUACAUUGCCCAAUCUGCUAUUGAGGUGAUCGAGUUUGUCAAGUCCAAGGGAAUCGAGAUCAGAUUCUCGUCGGAAGACUCGUUUAGAUCCGACAUCGUCGACUUGUUGAACAUCUACAGAACUGUCGACAAAAUCGGUGUGAAUAGAGUCGGUAUUGCCGACACUGUCGGAUGCGCCAACCCAAGACAGGUGUAUGAAUUGGUCAAGACCCUCAAGUCGGUCGUUUCGUGUGACAUUGAGUGUCACUUCCACAACGACACUGGUUGUUCCAUCGCCAACGCUUACACCGCUUUGGAGGCUGGUGCCAACUUGAUUGACGUCUCGGUGUUGGGUAUCGGUGAAAGAAACGGUAUCACUCCUUUGGGUGCUUUGAUGGCCAGAAUGAUCACGGCUGACAGAGACUACGUCUUGUCCAAAUACAAAUUGCAUAAGUUGAGAGACUUGGAGAACUUGGUGGCUGAUGCUGUGCAAGUUAACAUCCCUUUCAACAACCCAAUCACUGGUUUCUGUGCCUUCACCCACAAGGCCGGUAUCCACGCCAAGGCCAUCUUGGCCAACCCAUCCACCUACGAAAUCUUGAACCCAUCUGAUUUCGGUUUGACCAGAUACAUCCACUUUGCCAACAGGUUGACUGGAUGGAACGCCAUCAAGUCCAGAGUCGACCAGUUGAACUUGAACUUGAACGACGACCAAUGUAAGGAAGUCACUGCCAAGAUUAAAAUGUUGGGUGAUGUCAGACAGUUGAACAUUGAUGAUGUUGAUUCCAUCAUCAAGGACUUCCACCAGGAACAAACCAACGGUGAGGCUGACGCCAGCGAGCCUGCUGCUAAAAAGCAAAAACCAGAGUAA